AAGUGGAAAAACACUCAAAUAUCUGCUUUGCUCACCCCCCUUAUCUAUUACUAUCAAAUCUAGCUAUGUACUUAUACAGCACUCUCGUACUCCCUGUCCUUUGGUCUGUCGUGGUCGCCAAACAAUAUGAUUAUUGCGCAUGCCAAUAUAGCAGUAACGGGCAGGUAUACUUCUCAGUUGUAGAUCGAAUCGCAGCAGACUGCUCCAAUCCCUACGUAUAUGGUCAAGGUGAUAAUGAACUCUGGAUUCCUGCGCCCAAUGGCUGGGGUCCUAAAUUCUCGGGAAGAUAUCUGAAGAAUCCAAAUGGAAAGAUUGACGGACCCGCAUUCUAUGAUCUCUGCUCCAGGAGUGGUGCUGGCGAUAGUACUUGCUUUGAUUGUGGGGCCACUCAGUCCAACGGUGACUUGACACUCAUAUGUACGGGCUAGAUUAAUGUUAAUCCCU